AUGAUUCAUGGGCAACAAGCAUACUCUCGUCUUCUGACGGUGUGUUUGCAAUACUGCAAACAAGUUCAAUCCCAUAGGUUGUUUGAUGAAUCGCCUCAAACAGUCGUACAAGCCUCCAGAGCCGUUAACCUCAUUCAUGCUCAAAGUUUGCUACUUGGAUUUGAUUCAAAAGGAAAACUUGGCAAUGCCAUUGUUGAUUUGCAUGCGAAAUGCGGCAACAUGGACUUUGCUCAAAAAGCUUUCAAGCAGUUGGAACAAAAAGAUACACGGGCUUGGAACUCAAUUUUAUCGAUGCACUCAAGGUAUGGAAUGUUAGAAGAUGUUAAACACAUAUUCGGCGCUAUGCAAAUUUAUGGGGUGUAUCCAAAUCAAUUCACCUAUGCCGUUGUUUUAUCGGUUUGUGCUAGAUUGACUGACAUUGUGUUGGGUAAAGUGGUGCAUUGUCAUGUUAUCAAAACAGGGUUCAUAUGUAAUUCAUUUUGUGAAGGAUCACUUAUUGACAUGUAURCAAAAUGUGCCCUUGUUGAUGAUGCACGAGAGAUAUUUGAUGGGUCUGUAUGCUCUGAUACAGUUUCUUGKACGRCGAUGAUUGCCGGGUAUGUUCAAGUUGGUUUUCUUGAAAAGGCUCUAAGAUUAUUUAAGGAUAUGUUGCCACUGGGCCAUAUACCAGACCAAGUAGCAUUUGUAACUAUCAUAAGCGCAUGCCUGGAAUCGGGACAUCUUGACGAUGCACGCCAUUUGUUCAACCAAAUGCCCAAUCCAAAUGUUGUUGCAUGGAAUGUCAUGAUCUCAGGGCAUGCUCGUGAAGGUUCUCACAAUGUAGCUAUUGAUUAUUUCCAAGGAAGAAGAAGAAGAGGAUGCCUUCAGCAUGUUUCAGAGAAUGAGAUCAGAUGGGAUUGCACCUGA